UCAAAUUUUGCCUUAUAGCACCAAGCAAACGCAUAGAGAAACUUGCAUAGUAAGCGAAACCUCCAAAAUGGCCUCAGCCCAGUGCUGCAAACCAGCUGAGCAAACAUGCAACCAAGGCCAGCAAAACCACUCGCUCGGACAGAAAGUGUCCGACUUGGUUACCUCCGUCUUCAAGAAAGAUCAAACCCACCAGGGACAUACAACCAGCCACUGCCCGACCCAAUGCUCGAGCCACACCACUGAGCACAAGACCCAGACCGUGUGUGUAGGCCAAACUAAUGGGCACGAAGCCCAUGACCAAGGCCUGGGCCAUGCAAAUUCUAAUGGUGCAAAAUGCAACAGCAAGAGCCGGAGAGGUGAGCGCAAGAAAAGGGGUCUGCUCCAGAAGAUCAAGGAUGGCAUUUCCGGCCACAGUGACAGCGGCAGCAGCAGCAGCGAAAGCGACAGUGAUGAUGACAAGUGCGGGAAGAACAAGAAUUAAGAGAUGGACUGGCUAUGGUGACAGAAUCAAGUCAUAUGAAGAAGGGGUUGUCUAUCAUUUUAUGUAGUAUAAAUAAAUAAUGAAAAAAAUAAGAAGAAAUGCCCAUAUGAGGUGCAUGUGAGGCUAUUAUCAUGGUGUAUCAUAUUUAUGAAUAAAUAAAAGUUCUAAGUCUUCAAUAAA